AGCGAGGCAGCUGGUAGAGUUCUCACAGAGAGCGUUUCCGCUCACCUAAAAUAAAGAGCUCGCGAGCCGAGGACAAGGAGCGGCGGAGCGGUUGCGGAAGUAGCCAACGGAACGUCUAUAUUUUUUAUUCAAUUUUACAACACUCGGUCUCGGGUGGCUCCUUUUGCUCGACCGUUAAUGUCUCGAAUGUGAACGCGAGAGAGGAGGGCUCGCUGCUUGUAACCUUAACGCUGGCCCAGACUGGCUCUACCAGCAGUGGCGUUCAGGCCUAUCGAGUGGAAAUCUCCCCUUGGCUGUGUCUUUGGCACACUGAGUGCUCUCUGUUCUCAGACACAUGCCUGGGCUGCUGCACUCCUUGGCUCCCUUUGCAUUCCAGGAGCCCCGGGCAGCUGAAAAACUGCAGCAGCAGCCUGGUGGCUGGCUGUUGUCUCAUUGGUGUCUGAAGUGGAGGGCAAAAGGGACAAAGCAUUACUGCUGUAGAAACCUCCACUUCAGUGCAAAGGCUCAAAAUGGGAUGUAGAUGGUUUUCAAAUAGCAUUUCUCCAUAAGUAUGAUUUAAAACUGAUGAUUAUUAUCGUUUCAAUUAUUUGUUCAUGGAAUCCAAGGACUGUGGUGUUGAAAACUAUUAUUAUGGUCAUUUUGAAUAUUGUAAGAUGCAAAAAUAAUAAGUAUAAUUGGGACCAAGUAUUAAAAUGUAGAAAUUAUGUACAUCUUCCUAAUUUAGCUCGAUAUGAUGCAAGAACAGGAGCAGCACUGCUCUGCGAGUAUUUCUCAUUGUUCGCUGUCCUUUUAACCUGAAAGGGAGUCGCCCGUUUAACGUUUGGCACGUUGGGCUUUACUUCUCCUUUCCAGAACGGUUCUGAGCUGGAACUAGCAACACCAGUUGUGUUGGGUAGAAUGUCGUGCCUCUUCAUGCCUCAGCCCUGCCGUAGUCUCACUGAACAAAGUGUUCCUGUAUCAGUUUGGAAUGAGCACUCACAUUGAUUAUGACUGAUCCGUGGAUCAAAUGCCCGUCCAAGGUCCCCUGCAUGUGUUAGCGACUGUGUGCCCUCUGGCUCAGUGCUGUGCCCACGCUGUCCUGCCAAAACCAACUGACGUCACUCUCCCCCGCCGGCCCGUGUCACGUGCAGGUUAAGCCGUGGAGGAUUCUCGCCAGUCGCUGGAGGAAAAGAUGUGCGAUGGAAUGGUAGCGUUUCAUACGAGAGUCCUGUCCUCCUCCUCCUCCUCUUCCUCCACCUCCUCCUCCUCUCUAGCCAACAGGCUGGCUGCCUCCGCAGUUCUCCUCCUCUUCACCCUUCUCCCUCAUGGUCACGCAUCAGGUUGUGGACGGCCAGCCAGCGUGCAGCACGGAGACCUGCUCAACCAAACGGAAGCAAACCGGGGGUCUUUCCCCCCAGGCACCCUGCUGACCUAUGGCUGUGAGCCCGGCUACACCGCAGAGGGGCUCACCACCAUCAUCUGCACCAACUCCGGAACCUGGUCCAGUCAGCCGCCACAGUGUGUCAGAGGCACCGUGUGUUCACCCCCCACCGAGCCGGAGAAUGGGGGCUACCGCUGCCACCCCUCCCCCUGCCACCGCCUCACCCAGAAGACCGUCAUCGAGUACUUCUGUGAUGAAGGCUACACUCUGAAGGGAGACUACAAGUUCCUCACGUGCCAGAACGGCGAGUGGGACAGUCCCAUGCAGAUCAGCUGUCGGCAAACACAAGUUAGUGAGCCCAGCUCUCCUCUGGGUAUCCCGGCUCUGUCCAUUGUGGCAUCCACAGCCAGUUCUGUGGCCCUCAUCCUGCUUUUAGUGGUACUCUUCGUCCUUGUACAACCAAAACUAAAAUCCUUCCAUCACAGCAGGAGGGAGCAGGGAGUCUCAGGCCAGUCCAGCUCCAUCAUGGUGGAGGGCGUCCAGGUCACGCUUCCCUCCUAUGAAGAGGCCGUUUAUGGAAGCGGCGGACCCUGCGGUGCUUCUGCUCCUCCUCCUUCUCCGCCACCUCCCCCAGCACCACCAGAGGCUCGAGUCCCCAUUGUGCUCUCUGAGGGUCUUCCUCAGGGAGCCACAGGAGGCCACGGCCCCAGCAGAACCCGUCACCACAGAGACUUAGACUUCUGUCUCCCAUCCACCUCAUCCUCGUCAUCCUUCUCCUCCCGCCGUCACGCAGAGACAGUGCUGGUUCAUCAGGCCCCCUGUUCUUCUUCUUCAUCAUCGUCAUCAUCAUGGGCUAGAGAGCACCCUGGGGGUGCUUGUGCAGGCCCCCUACCCCUCCGUAGAGACUCUGAUAGCAGCGAUGACCACAGUCUCCUUUCUGUAACCUCUGCAGAUGACUUCUCUGACGAUAUUCCCUUGUUGAAGGAAGCAUGAAGCCUGCCAGCCUGCUAUCAGCAUCAGCAGCAGACCUCCUGUCCCCCGUUUCUCACUGAUGACCAGGACUGAUUAUGGCUGUCAACCUACUUUCCUCGACUCCUCUCAGCCUCCAGCAGAGAAAAGACUAGAACUAUGCCCGUUCCCCAUCGUAACCGCCUCUGCCAUUGCUACUGACGCAGAGCAAAGCCAACAGCCAGUACUCGCGUCACCAGAAGUAAAGAUGAGUACCAGUGUAUCAAACAAAAGAUGAACCCAACCGAAAACAUGGUACCAGCUCAAAAUGAAUCCUGCAGAUCCUAUGUAUAUGAGUAAAACAAACAUACCCUAACAAGGUUGUGUUCUAUGGGCUGUGUACUAUAAUACAUUUGCCUACUCCCAGUUACAGUUAUUCUGUAGUUCUCUGUAUUAACAUCGCUAACAGACGCUUCAUUGGAGAAGGCUUUCAUCGUCACCUCUGUCUGGAUUGACUGCGGAGGCAAAAACAAACUAACUUGAUGAUCGCUCCUGGCACUGCAGGGCUCAAACAGAACCGUCUUCCCGCUGUACUUGAAAGGUUGUGAGUGACAGCUGGGUUUUUGUGGCCCUCUCUGUGAAUGCUGCAUGUUGUUUUGAGUUAUUGCUGUCACGGCACGGUGGCCAUCUCUGAAUGAAGCAUGAAACCUCCACUGUCUCUCUCUCUUUCUCUCCCUUCAGCUGUCUAGCUAUCAGUGUAUCCGGCUGGCAUCUAGCAUAUGGAUUGGUGGGAUUGAGAACCACUUAACAAGGUCUAAAAGCCGGGUGAAGCGUUUCUCAAAGCACCGUAUCACACGUUCAACAAAUGAUCUGCUCUUUUAUUUUCUGCUGCCAGCUGCAUUCAGACUCUGGAAAGCGAUUCUCCUGUUGCAUGGGUGAGAGUGGUCUGUGUUUUGGUUCCAGGUGUGUGCUGGCUCUCUGUUUAGUGAGGAGGAGGGAAAAUGUCCAAUUUUCUCCGAAAGCUGAAUGGAGGGUUGUCUUUCAGCGUAGUGGCUCGGCACAUGACUAAACUUUAGCGUUGUUUGUGUUGUAUUUAUUGUUUGGUUCCGUUUGCUUUGAGUUGCAGAACCUGAGUGUGUGCGUGCGUGUGCUCAUGCUGCUGUCAGCUGGGCAGGCGAGGACAUAUCCUCACAUGGCAAACCUUCAUCAUUUCCUGAUUUGCCUGUCUGUCCCUGUUUUUCAUCAUAGGAAAAUAACCUUCCCAGGGUUGAAGUCACACGAACAAUCCAGAGCCACUUUAGAGUCCACUACACAAUGUGUGUAUCAUUCGUCUACUUUCGCGCUAGAAUAUUUAUCCUUUUCUGCUGAAUGGCUGGAAAAUACGUCCCCCUUGGUGGAACUGGCUGACGCUCACCUUCACACUGAACUAAAGACUGUCCACUUUUGUGCAUUAUUGACACGACUGCAACUGGGUUGCAGUAGAAUAGUUUUUGUUGUAUAGCACCCCACCCCUAACAGAGACACUCACUCCCCACUCUAAUGCCAAGUGCAAAUUUAAGAGAGAAACAUGUUGUUUUGUUAGAACUCAUCCCCUGUUUUCAUUGCCACUUGAAAAGCUUUGGUGGCUGAGCCGGUCACCUUGGAAACAGGGUGGCUCGGAUGGAGCCCGAGAAUUACUUUUCUAGCUCAACCGAUUUAGAUAGAAAAACAAAACACGGCCUGUCUGAUUUUCAGUUUUAUUUGGCAUCUGUGGCUGUCUGUCAUUGUCGAUGGCUACGUUUAUUAAUGCAAACAGAAUGUUGCCUUAGACUUGUACAUUGUCUUUGUUUUUAUGUAUAAUCUUGGGCCUCUGCAUUGGUUGCUUUACAGUUUUGUUCUUUUUUCCCCAAUGGCCUUACUCUUUUUUUCUAUUCUAUGCAUAAAACUGUCUUUAUGUAUUUAUCAAUAAGUUUACAUUUAUUGUGGACACAACUAAAGGAUUGUCCUUCCUCCUCUGUCCUCCCCUAGCUUUUCCAGCUACCGUGAUGAUUAUGAUGAUGAACGUAUAAGCACCUAUAUUUCACUAGUUCAUUGCUUCUCUUUUGCUAUAAGGCAUUAUAAUGUUAUGGGAUAUAAAAGAAAAGAACCUGAAGUUCAUGUUGCGUUCAGAAGCACUGUUGUACGGUGUUGCGUCCCUGAAAAUAGCAGAUUUUUAAAAAAGUACACAUCCUGAUUGAGUUUCAACGCUUUCAGCUUUGGUUUUUCCUCUGUACAUGGAAAUGGGUGUGAAGAUAGUAAUUUAAUAUUUGUAUAAAGUUUAAUUUAAUUUUACAGUGUGUAUAUAACUUUCUAAUUAAAGCUUUCUUUUGAAUGUGGAA